UCCUUCCUCCUCUCCUUCUCUCUCUCUCUCUCUCUCUCUCCCGUCUCUCUUCUCCUCUGAAAGGAUUUUAGCAGCCGGGCGGAGGUGGAGCUGGGCGGCAGAGGAUUAGAAGUGGAUGCGCUCAGAGACCGGCAGAGAUUUCCGCCACCCCCGUCGCCCGCCUGCUCCUCCGUCGGGUGCCGUCGCCUCGACCGCGAACGCGCCUUCUUGGAAAGCAGCCGAAGAAAGAAGAAGGAAAAGGAUCGGAGCGCCCCAACCCUUCACUUCCAGCUAGAACCCUGACUCAGAUCCGCCUAGAUCCCUCCCUUCCUUUGGACUGAGGGGGAAAACAAAAAAAAAAAGGAAGAGAAAGCGAGGCGGCUGAAGAAGAAGGGGAAAAAAAAAAAUCCCCUGCAUUCCGAGCCAACCGACCGGCUGGAGCCAGACGAGCUUCCUCCAGCCAUGGACCAAGCGAAGGAUCGCGCCUCUCGCCUGCCUCGGGCUUCCAAGAUCCAGCUGGCUUGAAAAGCGUACGUAGAGGGAUCCAUUGCUUUGCUUCCUGGUUCGAAGGAUCGGGGGAUUCCUGGCGACGGGGCGGGGGGGGGCGGGGGAUCGACGACCCAGAUCUUCAGUUGGGGGUUCUCCUCAGAUGGUGUGGUGGCGGGAUCCCUAUCUGCUCAGCCUCCAGAUCCCGUCUAAUUUUCCUCCGGAUCUUUGAAGCAUUCCGCGGGAGGCGGGAAGUGGAGGGAAAGAAAGGCUCUUUGGAUCUCCCCUCGCCUGGAUGUACAGUACACGUGUUGCUCCCUUUCCGACGUUUCUACGGAUCCCGCCCUAAUUCUCCGGAAGAAAACUUCCCCAGCAACUCAAAGGGUGUUUCCCCCCUCCCCUCCAUCUUCUGCAUCGCUUUUUCAUAUCUGCGGACUUUGAGACACACUAACGUGUUAAGAAGAUUAUUUUAAGGCUUUUUGUCCAAAUUCCUGGAGGUAUCAGUUCUUGGAAGUCUCUGGAUGUACGCAAUUCUUUUUCAGGGAAAAAUUACCAAGCAGCAUUUGUCUUUUGGGCUCCUAGAUUCUAAGUGAGCUCUGAUCUUCGCCAUCCUCUGGUUAGAUGUCUCGGCUUUCCAGAAUAUAAAAGUUGGGUUGUGGUACCAAAACGCACUUGAUCUUGCCAUUUGUUCCAUCCGUUGUUUUUGUAAGGCUUUUGAACAGCAGGAAUUCACGUGAAAUUCUGAAGCUCGGAUUCUGAUUUCCCUCCUGUUUCCUGCUAUAUUUCACAUUUCCAGCGAAGAUGUCUUCAACUCCUCCACUGCCAGAAUGGAAACUCCAGUUACUGGGGCGUCGGCGAAAGGAGGAAGAGGAGGCUCGGCGGCGGGAACAGGAGCAGCAAGACCGCAUGGCUAAGAUGCCGGCUUGGAAACGGGAGAUCAUUGAACGACGCCGGGCGAAGCAAGGUUCAAGCACUUCUUUUUCUGAACCAAGUGGACCAGGGGAAACCGAGAGCGGCUCAUCCUCCGUGCCUGCUGCAACAUCCUCCUACCAAGAGGGGGAGCCAGAGAGUUCUGUGCUACAGGAGAAGAUUGGCCCAGUCCACCAAAAUCCUUUCAUUCAGCUGGAGAAACGCCGCCAUCAUCAUGAGCCUGGCCCUCCAGAAAACGAACUUGCAAACACCAAAGCCAAGCAAAUAGUGGAUCUGUGCGGGCAGAUUCCAGGCGUCCGGACCCUGAGGGCAGACAAUGUCAUUAUAAUUGAAACAGCCCACGGGGCGCCACCAGCACAGCUGGCUGCUGACCGCCACUCGGGAGAAGCCAAAUCUGGCAGCAUGGAGUCACUCAAUGAGCUGCUGGCCCGCCGUGGGGGCAGUGUGACUGAGAUCCGGGCAGGGGAGGUCUUCAUCGUCAAGUCAGCUUUGAGCCGCAGUGUGGAGGAUCUCAACGCUGUGGGCCGAGCUGAGCAUCAGGCAUCGCUGCCGGAGCAGCGCCAAGGGCGGGUGAGCAAACUGCUCAGCCGGUUCAGCCAAGACGAUGGUGGAGGGGUGGUGAUGCCAUCGCCCCCGGUGAAGUCCCUCAGCACGGAGAAUUUAACUGAAAGCAUCAGCUUUGGAGGAAAGAAGACUGUCCAUUCCCUGGCAGACCCCAUCCUGGCCCGGCUGCCCUGCGUCAACCGCCUCCCCAGCCCUCCCUGUGACCUCCCGGGAUUGACACCCCCAGGACCUUGCACUGUGGCAUCUUAUCGAAGCCAGUUUGAAGCAAAGUCAAGCAGUGGGGAGGGCUGGCCAGAUAGUCCCCCAAGGCGCUCACCCACUGGGAAAAGGUGGGGAAGGGAGGCCGCGUCCCCAGACAGAGGAGCCAGGGUGGAGAGCGGUGAUACGGAGACGGCAGUGGAAUGCAAUUCGGCUGAGGACGAUGUCCAGGGCAAAGCCUUGGCCAACCUGCGUCUCCACUCCAGGAACUCCUUCAUGGUUGUGCCACUGAGGGCUUCGGCCUCCCCACCCCCAGAACCCAAACAGGAAGCCAGCCCUUCUCCUCCUUCAGCCAAGCCCCCAGUCCCCACUUCCUGCUCUUCACCCAGCUGUGAACAACUUCUCCAGGAGGCUGUUGAGGAGCCGCCGCCCGAGGCUGAGGCCAUGAGACGCGGUGGCAACAGCAAAGUUAAGGAGGAUGUCAGGAUAGGAGGCUUGGGCCGGGUCUCAUCCCCCCAUCCAGCAAUGCAGCGUCGCAGUGGCAACACCAUCACCAUCAAUCCUCGGAAAGCCCCUGUGUCACCUGUCACAGCUGUGGAGAACGGCAUCGAGAGCUCUCCGCCGUUGGCCACGGGGCCCAUGAAGAAGCGCUACCCCACAGUGGAGGAGAUCCAGGUGAUUGGAGGCUACCUCUCCCUGCAGAGAUCGUGUCUUGCAAAGAACGACCGACAUCGGAAAAAGCUUAAGAUUUCAUUCAGUGAGAAUCAGCUGGAGAGGACCUUCCAAUACCCAUCAGAGAGUUCGCUACUGGAGGAGUUUGGGCCCCCAGAAGAGUCAGAGUCUUUGGUUAGCACAAACCCCCUUGGUGAUGAGGAAGAAGAAGAAGAGGAGUUGCUGCUGCUUCAUCGUGGCCUCCCUGGCCUGCUCAGGAGCAAACCACUUAUUGUAGAUGAGUCCUGUCGGCGAUAGCUUAUUUGUCUUUCUUUCCUGGUGCAGGAAAAGGUAGAAUCCAUUUCAAGACUUCAAGCCGUGUUCUAAAAUCCUUCGGCUGGACCUUGAAUCUCUUUUUGUCUUCCAAUGACUGACACGCCAAGGCAAAAGAAACAGGAACCAAUAAAGACCUAUCAGCCUUGUCCUACAGCUUUGAAGGCCGUAGGUUCCUUCCUUCAGGAGUUACGCAGCAUCUUCACACUUGAUGUGGCUCUUCUCUUUGUGUUGGACCCUGAAAACGGAACCUCUUUGCUUAGGAAAAAGUAUCCCACACAUCUAGAUGGCUCCAAAUUGUGCGAAAUGCAGUCCAAUCUAGAUGGGAAUCUUAACCAAUGCUUUUCCUGCCGCUCCUGUCAGUCAGUGAGGAGCCUAAAACUUUCCUUGAGGAAAGGCCGUCGAACCUUCAAACACCAAGGGCUAACAUCAUUGACCUAUUUUACUCCUUACCAUGAACCACACAGCAUUUGAAAGCUUCAGCUCUGGGCUGAAGGACAUUGAUGUAACUUUGUCUGGUUGUUGUUGUUUUUCUGCUUUUUUUUAUUUUGUAAAGUAUCUUGUCUUGUUAUGAUGUUUAAAGGAAAACAAGCACCAUAUUUCAGGGGGAGACCAGGGAAGGUUACACACUGCUUAUCAGUAUUCGGGGAUGGGAGGGGGGCCAUUGAAGAGGAAGUCAAUUCAACAUUAGCAUGACUCUAGGUGUGAGUAAUAUGGCAUGUAACUGGGCAACGGGGACGGGCCUCUCUGUGUUUUAAAACAAGAGCACUUAGUAAGGCAUGGAAUUGAGCAAUUAGGGAAAGGAUAUCUCUGCAUGGGUGCAGAGACAGUUGUUCUUUGUGGUGGCAUUUUGUGUUUUCUCUCUCUUUGACUUCAGGCUGGGGUGGUCCUGUGGGACUGCCAGGCUAAAGUAAGUAAGCGGAACAAGGGGGGGGGGGGGGAGGGAAUGGACAAACAAAGCAGAAUCAGGAGAAAAAGUUCCACUUCUGGUUUUAAUAGUAUCCAUUUCAUGUUUAGAAUUCACAACUCAUAUAGACUUAGAUGAGUGGGCAUGAAGUGAAGUGAACAGAGCCAUGAAUGGUUAAAAAAAAAAAUGAAGCGAUGCUUUCAGGGUUGGCCACAGGAGAAGGGUACAAAAGGUCUGGAUGGUGUCCACAACACCACACUCGAAGGACUGUCCCUUCAGUUGGACAACUGUGGCUGCCAAAUUGACCUUCCUCCCCCUCCACCCCAGAUGACUUUGGAUUCUUUAGCCAAAAAAGUAUUAUUACUAGUAGCAAUAAUACUAGUAAUAUUAUUCUACCAUCCAUUUUGAGAAAUAUAGGUAGUCCGCUUAAUGACCAUUUGUUUAGCAAUCAUUCAAAGUUAUGAUGGUGCUGAAAAAAGUGACUUAUGGCUGGUCCUCAUCCUUAAGACCGUGGCAGUGUUCCCAUGGUCAUAUGAUUGUGAUCUAGGCACUUUUCAACCAGCUCACACUUAACGAUGUUUCAGUCAGGUGGCUGCCAUUUGUGAUCUUCUCAUCCAGAUUCCAGCAAUCCAUGGAAAAGCCAGCAGGAGGUUGCAAGCACCUGCUGUCUUGCUUAAUAGCCAUGGAUGAUUCACUUAAUGACCUCAUUGCUUAAUGAUGAAUCUUGCUCUCCCUAUCAUGGUUGUAAGUCGAGGACAACCUGUAUUUGCCAUUCUGCACUGCAUAGUAUUUUUUAACUAGGAUAAAGUCUUAACUUAGUUAACGUUAAGGAAAGCAAAACCAUGGUACAUUUGUUUGAAGAUGUUUACCAGGCUACUUCUAUGCACCACCUGAACAUCUGAGCACUACCGCUCAGCUUGCACACCUGGAUAAAGACGCGUUCAUUUUUGAUGAGAAGAAGAAAGAGCUAUAUAGCUUUUGGGUCUCUCAGGAUGACCUUCCACCUUGGGCCGUGAGGCAGGGGGCAAAUCAUUUGUAGUGCUGGUAAUAAAAAAAUGAGGAGGUGGGUUGACUCAGGGAAGCUGAGAGCCAGUGAGGCCCUCCAAGCCCUCCACCCACUCCACAACCCAGGUCCUGUCUCAGGGCUGUAAUAGUUCAUAAAUCCACAUUUUGGAACCAAAAGUAUACAAUUCAAUUUCUGUAACUACCCUGGCUGAAAGUCUGACCUUAAGAUGGAAGUGUCCAAAUAAAAUUGAAACUUUUUCUAAAUUGCGGAACAGGAAUCUUCUCUUCCCCAACUGUGAAGCUUGGUUGACUUGCUCAAUUAAAUUACUCAAAAGAAUGGCACAACUCAUCAAUGGAACAAGAAUGCAGAUUGAGAGAAAGUUGAUGAAUGUAUGGGAGGAGAAAGGUGAGGCUUAGGAACAAAAAUUGUUGAGCGAAGAAGUAAAAGUUUGAAUGGAAGGCGCAGAAGAGAAAAUUACAUAUCUUCUCUCUCCCUUCAUUACUAAUUUAUCUAUCUGUGCACCCUUUUUAAUUAUCAUUUCUCCUUUUAUUUUGCACUGCCGGGACAGCCAACGUAAAGCCCAUGAAUAAGUGAGUGAGUGACUGACUGAAUACUACAGACAUAUUUUUCUUUGACAGGUGUGUGAUGGGGUCUGCAAUGAUCAAUGUAUGUUAAAUGAGGGCUGAAGAAGCUGUGUCCAGCCAUUUCCAUCAGUGUUUUUUUUUUUGAUACGUGUAAUUAUUAUUAACAAUAAACCAGAAUGAUGUU